AUGCUGUCGCGGGCGCUGUGGCGUCUAGGCCUGGCCGGCGGCAGCAGCAGCAACAGUAGCGGCAGCAGCACAACAGAUGGAGCUCCAGCAGCAGCAGCAGCUGCUGCUGGUAUUCAAGGGUCUCAUGCUGGACAGGCCGAGCUGCCCAUCCCUCCUCUUUCCGACAGUGCAUCUACGCCAGAGGAACAACAGCUGCAGCAACAACCGCAGCAGCUGCAGGAACUGCAACAGCAACCGCAACAAACGCUGCCUCUUACGGGCCGCGACAAGUUUAAUAACCUGCAAAGGCACGUACGCGAGAAGCGCGAGCAGGAGCAACAGCUGCAGCAAUUGCAGCAGCAGCAACAACAGGAAAAGCAACAGCCUUCCAUGCAGCACCAACAGCAGCCGCAGAUGCCAAAGACGUCAGUGCAGGCAGGAACGCAGGUCUCUCCUCAGCAGCAGCAGCAGCAGCAGCCACAGCAGCAGCAGCAACCACAGCAGCAGCAGCAACCACAGCAGCAGCAGUCUGCGCAGCAAACUCUACAGCAUGCUUCGGAGCAGCAACAAACUGCUCUGUCCCAGCAGCAAUCGCUUAUGCCGCAGCAGCCUCCUUUGCAGCAGCAGCAGCAGCAGCCUCCUCUGCAGCAGCAGCAGCAACCUCCUGCUCAACAGCAGCCUCCUUUGCAGCAGGAGCAGCUGCCUGUGCAGCAGCAACCUCCUGCGCAGCAACAACAGCCUGCCUUGCAGCAACAGAAAGCUGCCGUGCAAGAGCAGCAGGAUCCUUUGCAGCAGCAGCAACCGCCUCGGCAGCAGCAGCAGGCUCCUUUGCAACAGCAGCAGCCUCCUCUGCAGCAACAGCAAUAUCCCCUGCAGCAGCAGCAGUCUGCCUUGCAGCAGGAUCAAUCACGUGUACUGCGGCUGCAGCCUCCUUUGCAGCAGCAGCAUACUGAGCAGCAACAGCAGGUUCCUUUGCAGCAACAGCAAUCUCCCUUGCAGCAGCAGCAACCUCACCUGCAGCAGCAGCAGUCUGCCUUGCGGCAGGACCAACCUCUUGUAGUGCAACAGCAAGCGCCUUUGCAGCAGCAGCAGGCGCCUCUGCAGCAUGAAGAACCUUCGCAGCAGCAGCAACAGCAGCUGCAGCAGUCUUCUCAGGACCAGCAACCAGCUGGUCGUCAGCAGCAGGAGCAGCUUCCUGUGCAACAGCAAGAGGCUGUGCAACAGGCACAGGCUCUGGGGCAACCGUUGCAACAGCAGAGUCCCCUUGCAGCACCAGCAGCAGCUAACGCUCCAGCACCAGCUGCUGGAGCCGCUGCUGGCGCGACUGGGACGUGA